AUGACCAAAUCUCUGCUACUGGAGCUGCCGUCCGAGCUGCUGGAGCAUCGCGUGUGUCAGUUCCUGGACGUGGCCAGCGUUACACGCUUGAGUCUUGUAAACCGGCGUCUGCAGCAGGAUGUUUCAAGUUGCGCCGAGCUCUGGGAGCUGUUCGUGGCUCGUCACUUCGGCUACGUGAACAAGCCGUCGCUAAUACUCCGGCGAACCAGAAUCUGCAGUGUGAAGACCGACAAGGCUGCUAUCGACUGGAAGGCGGUGUUUGUUGCGGCGUGGCAAGAUUCGAGAUCGCUCUCUGCGGCGACUUUGCAGGAGAGGGACGUGCUGCAGGUCUACUACGGGAAGAGCUGCCCCAUGCUGCUUCAGCCGCGAGAAAGUCAGAUUCGGCAGGAAAUUGUGCUCAUGCAGGGGCUGCGGCGGAUCCCGGCGAGCUCAAAGCUGAUUCAGCUUUACGCAAACGUCAUUCGACAGUCUCAUGUCAUUCCACGUGCAAACACUGCCACUACGGCAAAAGUGCUUCGCAGGCUGGCGCAAUAGAUACCUGUACCGAGCGUUCAAGAAAGAAGAGGAAAGAAGACGAUCAUGUUUUCAUUGCCGACACAGUACAUAUGCAUUUAUAUCCAUUGCACCC